AUGGCUUUUCGGAAAUAUUCAGGAAAUAUCAUCCUCAGGAACCCCCUUCAAAGUGGUCGCAAGGAGCCAUUUUUCGACUCAUGUUCAUUGGAUAAUUUCUUUCUAUUUUUGGUCGAAGAAGCGGCUGGUAGACAAAUAGAUGGUUACGUCCCUGGUCAAGAUUAUCCAAUCUACAGCGAAAUACCUCAAGGACUCUCAUUCACCUGUGACCAAAGACUUCCAGGAUAUUAUAGCGAUCCAGAGGCUCAAUGCCAGGUAUGGCAUUGGUGUUUACCGAGUGGGCAGAAAUUCAGCUUUCUUUGUCCUAAUGGUACAGUUUUCAACCAGUUUGUGAGAGUUUGCGAUUGGUGGUUCAACGUAGAUUGCGCAGCGGUUCCGAACUAUUAUGGAAUCAACGAAGAUCUCUACAGGGUACCACCUUCUUACAAGCAGAAUCAAGAUCACUGGAUAGCUCUCAUAGUCUUAAUAGCGAGCGUCGUCCAUAUAUCUUGCUUAGUAAAUAGUUCAGCCAGUUUUUAUCUGAACGAGGUGGCAGAUUUCGACGACAUAGUCGAGCUAGAUAACGAAAAGGAGAAAGUCAACUUUGAGGAACUAUCUGCGAAAAAUCCGGACUUCGAGGCACCCGAAGAGGAAGGGCCAGACCCUCUCAAAAUAAAUCUAAUUGAAGCGCCAUCGAGAGUGAAAACGGAUGUUCGCGGAGUCCAAAAUAAACUAUUGAACUCUCCUUAUUUGGGUCCAUCAACUCAUCAUAGUGCGGAACAGUAUAAACAUAGUUUAGGACAAUUUCCACAGCCUAAAGGGAAAUUGAAUAUUUUCGAGUCACCACUGAUAUAUGAGGUACAAGAUGACAAUCCUCAACAAGGUUAUUUCUUGGUGAAACAAAGGAAAUCAGACGAUCAACCAAAAUAUAAGAAAUCAGGAAAAGGUAUUCAUGAGGGUGGUGGUGAGCAAAAUCUCCACCACAACAUGGGAAAUGUUUUGGAAACAGAGUCUCAACAACCUGAAAAUUGUGUGGAAGAAAAGUUGGACCAAAAAUCCAAAACAAAAUUGAUCACAUCAGGUAAAUCAAAUAUUUCAUCGAUGAUGAAACUAUUUCAAUACUUUGUAAACAAAUAA